GUACUCGAAGAACGCUCGAGUUUCGUUUCUAUAAAAGUACCCUACACGUAACCAUCGACAUUUUAAUUGGUCUCAAUCGUAAGGUUGCUGAUAGUUGCUGAGGAUCGAAGCACGUUGAAAACUCUAUUAUAAAUUAUCAUUACUUGAAAAAUGAUUUCGCAACACGUCAGGCGUUUUGUAACCAGCGCUGUAAGGAGGAGCGGUCAUGAUCCAGAAGGUUUUCCUGGUGCUAAUCUUCCUUUCAGCGUUGAGAACAGAUACAAGUUGACUGCAUUAUUUACUGUAUUCUUUGGAAGUGGACUCGCAUUACCCUACUUGAUCCUUCGUCAUCAAUUGUUGAAGUAAAUCAUGUAUUACAUUGUUAACAUUAGUAAAUUACCAUUGAUGUAAGAAAAAUAACAUGAUGUAUUUAUAAUAAAAUUGUGUUAAAGAGA